CGGAGGCGUGGGUUCGAAUCCCACCGCUGCCAUGUACUUUUCGUUAAAUCUUUCUCAAAGCUCUUAACAAACAUUCACUCGUAACCAGUGAAAAAAAGAUAAAGACUAUACAAAAGACAACUUAACAGUGAUCUCGCUGUGCAUUAUGGGUACGGGCUCCUCCCCACGUGUCUGUGCAUAGCCGAGUCAACAUGGUACCGACAGCCCUCAGAUGCCCGGUUUAGACCCCUCUCCUGCUGCUGAGCGCACUUCUCAGUCACGGCUGUGAUAUUUGGAACCGUAGAGCGAAGUGUGCAGGUCUGUGGAAGCUGCAGAUCCUGUUCUCCUCUCUCCUCCUCGCUGUGUGUUCUUCAUCAUCAUGGCCAGCGGGGAGGACGACGACCCCAUCAUAGAGGAGAUCGAUGUUUAUCUUGCCAAAAGCCUUUCUGAUAAGCUGUAUCUUUUCCAGUACCCUCUCCGACCAUCCACCAUGACGUACGAUGAUGUCAACCACUUAUCAGCCAAGAUUAAACCCAAGCAGCAAAGGGUGGAGUUGGAGAUGGCCGUAGACGCGAUGAGUCCAAACUACUGUCGCAGUAAAGGAGAGCAGAUCGCUCUGAAUGUGGACGGCACAACGUUCGACGAAACCAACACGUUUUCAGCGAAAAUGAUGGAUAAACAGUCCUUCACCUCCAUCCAGGCCACCACGAACACCUGCAGAUAUGCUGCUGCUGUGUUUCGUAAAGGCGAACUUCAUAUCACACCUCUGACGGGGAUCCUCCAGAUGAGACCGAGCUUCUCUUACCUCGACAAGGCCGACACCAAAACCAGAGAGAGGGAAGCGGCCAAUGAGGGUGGAGAUUCCUCCCAGGAUGAAGCAGAGGAGGAUGUAAAGGCCAUCACGGUGAGGUUUUCUCGCCCUGAGUCAGAGCAGGCGCGGCAGAGGCGGCUCCAGUCGUACGAGUUCCUCCAGAAGAAGCAGGCGGAGGAGCCGUGGGUUCACCUGCACUACCACGGGGUGAAGGACGGGCGCUCGGAGCAUGAACGGCAGUACCUGCUCUGCCAGUCGGUGGACGCCUCCGAGAACUCCGAACUGGUCAAAACUCCCAAGGAGUACCUGACCAUGCUGAUGCCCCCUCUUGCAGAGGAAAAACUUGUGAAACCAGUCGGCCCCAGUAAUGUUCUCUCCAUGGCUCAACUGCGCACUCUGCCUCUGGGAGAGCAGGUGAAGACGCUGCUGAAGAACGUGAAGGUGAUGCCGUUCGCUAACCUCAUGGGCCUCCUCGCCUCCGGCACCGACUCCACUGCGGCGCUGCGCUGCAUCCAGCAGGUGGCGCUGCUGGUUCAGGGCAACUGGGUGGUGAAGAGUGAUGUUCUUUAUCCUAAAAACACCUGCAGCCCUCACAGCGGCGUCCCUGCUGAGCUGCUCUGUCGCGGCCGAGACUUUGUGAUGUGGAGGUUCACCAGGGAGCGCUCUGUGAUGAGGAAGGAGAUUACAGCCAUCAUCAAACUUCCUCCAGAGGAUGUGAAGGAGUUCCUGGAGCAUGUUGCUGUUCCUCGAGUGAACCGGGGCUGGGAGUUCCUGCUUCCUACGGAUUCCGAAUUCAUUAAGAAGCACCCGGACAUCGGCCACAGGCAGCACAUGCUGUGGCUCGGCAUCCAGAGCAAGUUGGAAAAGGUCUUCAACUUCUCCAAAGACGACUUCGGGCCCAAGGAUUCCCCGCAGCCCGAGCCGCUCCACGUCAGCGGCGAGCAGCGCCUGAAGGCGGCGCACGAGCGCGCCGAAGGGAACAAGUCGUCUCUGCAGAGGGAGCUGGACGCCAGGCGGGCCGGGAGCGCCGGCGCCGUCAAACAGGAGCCCGUCAGCGACCGAGAGGACGAGCCCAUGGACGCCUCGUCCUCCGUCCCCAACGGCUCCUCCAACGGCGUCCCCGGGGCGGCCUGCGACCACGCCGCCAGCGGCGACGCCUCGUCGCAGGAGCUGCAGGACUUUGUGAUGAAGACUUUCAGGAAGCACUUUGUACUGACGCUCAGUGAGUUCAAGAGGCUGCUGAGCCUCCACCUCGCCUCCAUGCCGGUGGGACGCAGCGUCUUCCCCUCCAUCUCGGACCACAUGCUGCAGGACGCCAUUCUGCUCUGCCAGUGCAAACAGAUAAUGGUGCCUUUUCCUGCUCAGACCACAGCGGCAGCAGAUGAACAGAAGGUCUUUGCCUUGUGGGACACGGGGGACGAGUUUGACAAGCUUCGCCGCGUGCUCUACGACUUGUUCAACAAGAGCUACCGCAUCAGGAGGAACGCGCUACAGGUCAAGCUGUCUCAGGAGUUCGGAGACGUCCCAAAGACGGACGUCAACCGGCUGCUGCAGGAGUGCUGCAUCAGCAGCGCCGGGAUGUGGUACCUAAACGGAACGUUACAGUCCUGACACUGAGAGCGAGACCCCUCUUCCUCCAUCUCUUCCACCUCUUCUUCAUCAUCAUCAUCAUCGGCAGCAAGUCGAUCCUCUCCUGGGUGUCUAGUGGGAGGACGUCCUGCGAGGGAGGGGGGUUGGAGGACAAAAGAUAUCGGCUGUCUGCUGAAGCAGAUCUGACGCGAUGGAUCGGAACCCCUCACAAGUGUCUGAGGGGUAGAAUAUGAAUGAAAAAAAUAGCAAGAAAUGUAUGCGGUUAAGUAGAGUUUGACAUUUCAUUGAACCUUGUUAGAUAUUUUGUUAUUAUUAAUAAAUCAGCACGUCAGUCUCUAUUUAAAGCAGCGUGGCUCAGUGCUUUAUUUUUCUCCUGAUUUGUAGAUGUUGCCAGAAGAAACGAGUGUUAUCUGUAUCAUCAACGAUGUGUAAGCCUCGUGGGGAGAAAGUGGUUUUUAGUAUUAACUCCACCAAAUGAAAGUGACCCGUUGCUUUAAAACAUCUCAAGUCACUUGGAGAAAUAUCUGCAAAUUCAUGCGUUGGUAAAAGGAUUCUGCAACAAGCAGAAAGUCCCUGAUGUCAUUAUUCUGUCAAUCAUGGCCACAUUUUCCCUCUCAUUCAGUCUGAUGUAAACAGGGUGUUGAGGUGUGAUUCUGGUUGAAUGCACAAAGUUUGAAAUGGUUUUCCUUUGGAAGAGAUUUUUGGUUACGGCCAAUAAAACUGCAAUGUUGAA